AAAAAAACAACUGUCAAAAAUUUACAAAUGUCGGAUUGUACUUGUGUAUUGUUUCCCUGUUGUUUAUUUUUAUGAUUUACUUAAAAUAAGAAUUUUAUGUAGUGUUUUAAACAAAGUUUAAAAUCAGCAGUGAUAAAUAAAUAAUGUCAGGCCCUUAUUGUUCAUUAUAUGAGUUUUGUCAUUGACAAUAAGCAGAAAUUGUUGAAAAUGUGAUUAUCUCUCGUAUUUGGCUGAGUGCCACAGUUUUAAUUGCAGUUUUAUUAGAAACAAGCAUCAUGAAGUGGAUAAUAGUGAUAAUUGUGACGAUUCUGGGUUUGGAAAUAGCUCAGGGUUAUUGUCCAUCUCUUUGUACCUGUAAAAGUAACAAGGCUGGGGAUGGGGCGUCCACGGAACCACUGCCGGGAGAGUUCCUGAGGCUGAAGUGUGGAGGUAGCCCAGCACAAAUCACAGAACUCAAAGAAAUUGAUUUGAGCAAAGUUUAUAACAAUGUAGUCAGCUUAAAUUUAUCUGGCAAUGCCAUUUCUACAUUAUCACGAGAACUACAUUUACCAAAUUUACAGAAACUAGAUCUUAGUAAAAAUCAAAUAAGCCUAGUUGAGUCAGAUGCAUUUUACAACAUGACAUCACUUCAGAGACUGGACUUGUCUAAUAACCAGAUCAGCAAUGUUUACAAGGAAAUGUUCAAGGGGCUUGUCAACCUGGAGAGGCUGAUGCUGGCACAGAAUCACAUAUCCAUGCUUGCUGUCGGAACAUUUGAUUACCUGAUAGGCUUAAAACAGCUAGAUAUUACUGACAACCCACUGAUAUGUGAUUGUGAAUUACUUUGGGUUGGUGAUUGGUCUCGCAACACAUCAGUAAAACUUGUUAAUAAUCCCAAAUGUGCAUUUCCUGAGAACAUGGUCAACAAAACUGUACGAAAGCUGAAGAUAUUUUUAGACUUGUCAGCUUGUGGUAGUGUGUUGCCAACAAGUUCACUGAUCGUAAAACCAAAUUAUGACCAAGUUGUUUUCGAGGGGGACACUCUUGCGCUGUCAUGUAAUGCUCCAUUUGCUUCUGUGAUAGCAAAAUACGAAUUAAAAUGGGUGCAUCCGAUGCUAGAGGUAUGUGAUGUGAAUGUGACAAAUAGUGAAAUGUUAGAGGACGGUUUAGCUGAAACAACAGUUUUCUUUCCAAAUAUAACAAACCAUCAUAUGGGGAAUUGGACUUGUGUGUACAUGGACUCUAAUCAUAUAAGGUAUAAUCAUACAGUCCAGGUGUUAGUGUUGUCAAAUAAAACAGAAUAUUGUAUGACAAAUCACACAUUGAAUAAUAAAGGGUUGUACUCCUGGCCACAAUUGCUGUUAAAUCAUACAGCUGUUGUGCCUUGCCGUAGCGGUGAGGGCAUGGCAUAUCGGUAUUGUCAUGCAAAUGCAACCUGGGGAGAAGCAAACACCACAGAAUGUUCAUACAUCAGCAAUGUUACUAAACUACUUCAACAAUUUGCUCUGUUGAAUGUAAGUUUGGUGCAGUAUUCAGCACUGAAUGCUACAGAGAGAUUAUCAAUGCUGAUACAGGAGAAAACUUACCCUCUGGCAGAGAUAACCGAUCCUGACGAUGUCAUGUUUAUUGCUCAGGCUAUACGAAAUUACAUGCAAUAUAUAAAAGAAGAGAAAGAUUUGGGUUCGAAGUUACUGGAUGUGAUAAGCUCAGUAAUGAACAUAACUAUGUCUGUAUUGACUCAAGCUGAGGCUCAGUAUGGCGCGUGCACAGACAUGGCACGAGCUGUUGAAGAAAUAUCUGCUUACAUCGGCAAUGUGCAAGGACAAAAGCGCAACCUGGCUGUGGAACGGUUCCCAGUACGUGAAGGAUUUAGUGGCGUAACUUGCGUUUGGGUAGUUAAACCCGCGCGACUACACUGCACCUCUACUAACCGCACUGUCGCUCCGCUGCUCACAUUACCGCAUGCUUCCAUCCAUGCCAGCGUACAGAUCCCCACAUCUCUUCUAUACAGACCUACGGAAGCGGGAAUGCUGCAACUCCCAGCCAAACCUCAUGAUCUAAUAGUGACUAUGUAUGAAGAUGCAGCGCUUUUUCCUCAACUACCAAUAGUUAACGAACACGACACACAAUAUCGGAAUCAUAGAUCGAAGGAUUAUUACGGACGGAGUACUAAAAGGGAGGACAUGAAUGUGGAGAUCACCUCGCCCGUCGUGGGAUUUCAAUUGGACAGCGUAUCCGGGCGAGGCGCGUUGCUGGAGCCUGUGAUUGUGACUGUACGCGGGGGGGGCGCUGGUGGGGGUCACGGGGGCGCCGGUGGUGGGGGCGCGGGGGGAGGGGAGGGGCGCGCCGCCGUGUGGGACCCCACCACCAGGCGGUGGACGGACAACUCUUCAGAUUGCACUGUGUCGCACGUGGUAUCGGAAAUGGUCAUAAUUAGCUGUAACAAACUGGCUUACGUUGGUCUUCUCCAGAACGUUGAGACCGGCAUAUACGGGGCGAGAACUGACGGAGCAAGGUUCAAAGUUUCUCACCCGGCGGUCUACGUCGGCAGUCUCAUACUCAUCGGAUGCGUGAGUUGCGCCACUCUUACAUACAUAAUGUGUUACCCAGCCAUACAAAUGGCCAAGAAAAGCAAACAUGCCCUAAUAAAUACCUGGAUAGCCAUAGGUCUCCUCUGCUUCCUAUACACCUUAGGCAUAUACCAAACGGAGGACGUGAAACUCUGCCAGAUACUAGGACUCCUGAUUCACUAUCUAUCUCUUUCGUGCUUAUUAUGGAUGUGUGUUUCCGCUAGCAAUAUGUACAAAUGGGUGACAAAGACUCACAAUCCAGUUAGAACGCCCGACGAUGAAAUUCCACCCGACGUUCCAGUUCAGAAGCCUAUAUUGGGCUUGUAUUUAGUAGGAUGGGGAAUAGCUUUGAUUAUUUGCGGGAUUUCAGGAGCCGUGAAUUUAAAAGAUUAUGCAGGUUAUUCGCAAUGUUUUCUGAGCACUGCACCAGCUUUGAGCGCUCUAUUCGUUCCGGGGGGUAUCCUUUUAAUGUUUCUAUUGGUGCUGUUCCUGCUGAUUAGGUGCACUAUAAGGAAUAUGAACGUCCAACUAUCGGAAGGUACUCAAGCGACGGAAAACGUUGAUCUAGAAAUGUGGGAACCGAAUCAGACUGCAGAUGGCAACGAGAGACGCAGUCUCAAGUCCACUGUGGAUUCUGAAAUUGAAGAUGUCGAACAUACCCCCAUUAUACAACUGAGAGCUCAAGUCAUCGUUCUUUGCUUGUACAUGUCAGUCUGGUCCUGUGGAGCCAUAGCCGUUUACAGACCUUUACCUGAAUAUUUACCGUAUCAGGAAGACAUUUGCAGUAUUAUUUACGCUGUGUGCGCUACGGUUUUGGGCACUUUCAUACUGUUCUUCUACGGCAUAGCGAGAAGUGACGUCAGAGCCCAAUGGUCCAUGAUGCACUGUUAUUUGCAAAAGAGUAAACAGUGUUGCAGAAACAGGAGUGUAUUUGAUGCAAAUCAACAGAAUUUACCCUCGAAUCAGGCCACCACUGGGCCUGUCGUUAACGGCAUACCUAAUGAUAACAGAUCGCGAUCUGGCAGUAGAAGCUCCAAUAGAACCAACUCUAAGACCAACAACAGCGGCACUUAUAAAUGUGGUGCCGAAUUGAACGGGCAAACUUUGCAAAAGGACAUGUUGAAAAAUACUAAUGGGAAAACACCUAACAUCAACCUGGUAGUGUUGCACAGACAGCAGUAUCGAUCUAACAAUUCCAUGAUGACGUACCCCGACAGCGCCACCAUGGGCCCCGAAAUAUUUUACAACCCCAACCAAAUGAACGUCGCCAAAAAAUUCUUUAAAAAACAGCGACAGAACAUGAAAAGAAAUUGUCUCGAGUUACCUACAAGACGAGACUUUGACAACGACUCGCAUAUAUCCUUACCAUUACCGACUAAAGAGGCUUACAGUGGCGUAGCAAACAUCAUAAAUGCAGGUUCAAAAGUGAAUAAUACCAACUUGCAUGUGGAAAGAUCUAAUAAUGGAAUCAAGGAGACUCGUAACGUUCUAAAUCCCAAUUUACUCGAAGAAGAUUCUAAAGACUACAAGAACUAUUCCAUGGACAGGAAGUCGUGGAACAAAACUGACGAUCCUAAGACUGGUAGAGCACAAGUAAUGAAUAUUUACACAAACGUCCCCGAGACGCAGGUGCCACAACACCAGAUUGUUAAAGCUAAUGUGCCAAAAACUUUUAACGGGCAAAGGAGUAGCGUUUCCGAAGAAUGCCUGCAAAGUCACGCGGAACAGCCAGAAAUGCGUACGAUAUCACAACAAUGCAGUUUAGAAUACAGUUCCGCGUCGGAAAUGCCCCACACUUGCUCCGAUCAAACCUUGAACACGCAUUCCGAAAUGACAUCUUUCCAGGAGACGCACAGUGCCUUAUGUUCUACAAACGAGAUCACAGACACAGAGAGCUUCGGCCAAUACAUAGAUUACUUACAACCGAAUAAAAAUCAAGAAAGCAAAGACACCAUAGACAAGUCUUUGCAGGAUAUUUCCGAGGAAUGCACAAUGAAUAGCGAGGAGAUAAAUCGAUCUAGCACGCCCCAGAAUCUCGGGGACGUUGGUUUAGGAGAGAUGGACAAUCUAUUACAGAAUCCUGAUCACGAUAUCGCCGGCUCUAAAGAGAAAUUGGACGAGGACAAAGACGCGUUCUUCAUGGCGAAAAAUACGUACGACUUCGAGACUUGCAGUACGAAUGCUAGCGAGCAAGGUUUCGAAAACGAAAGCGACAUUUACUGCCCCAACUAUCAGAUGUCCGAAGUGAGUAUACGCAGCCACGGGCUGUACGCUCCGUCGCCGUCUUCCAUGUGUCCGAACGAAAUCAGUUUCAGCAACGAAGACGUAUCAACCACCGAGAGUCAGUACGUGAACUUUGACCCCGGGUGGCGUAAAACGAUAAAGAGCAAUCCGAAGUUAGGCAAAUACGUGCCGACUCCGGCGAUAAGUUGUCCCGAAGUGAAUAGGGACAGUAGUCCGGUAUCGUUCGCGAGUGAUCUCGACGAGUUGUACACGCAGAUAACUAGUAGGGACAAGGACAGAACGCACCGGAAGGAAGUGGGCUUGGAUGUGACAGUGAACAGUGACGUCACCCUGAAACCUGACAGUGACAGUUGUGUGAGCGAGGCCAUUUCUGAUGUGGAGAACCGAGGGGAGACUACGGUCUAGCUAGUGUGUCGUGUGGAGCUACUACUACAGUGAUAUUCUGUAAGGAUAUACUUACUUUUCACCGUGGAAUUCGCCGGUCUGAUUUGAAAUUUAUUUGAAAAAUCGUAUUUUAAUUUCAAAUCACUACGCGGAUUCUGUGAAGAGUUAUGAAGUUUGUUCUUACAGAAUAGCACUGCUGCUUUCAAUGAGUGUAGAUGUAUUUGUUGUAAUAGAAACGGAAAGUUGUGAAAGCCUCCUACGCUUUAUCACAUCUUACUGUUUCUCAUCCUUUUAUUUACAACGAUCGGUAAUCGGAUACAGCUGCGAUUUCUAUUAUUUGCCCUUCUUUUUCUUAUCUAUGUACGUGUUCUAACAAUAUGAACCGGUGACAAUAAUUAUGAUUUUGAUCUGGAAAUAUACGCAGAAGGAGCACAUGACGCGAAUUUUCCUUAGAAAUUGCGGUCUGACCCAGAAUAUAAAAUUUAUUCAUAAUCUAAUUCGGAACCAUUUACGAUCGUUAGUGAAUAAUGGGACUGUAACGAUUGGCGCUUCAAUGCAUUUAUAAAUUUUAUUUGUGGCAUUGCCAUGUUGUAUAUUGGAUAUAUAGGUUCACGUUUUGAUGAUACAUAUUAUCGUGAAUAUUACUUAAUUUUUGUUUUAGUAGGAGUUUUAUUUUUUUUCUUAACUCAAGUCGAAUAUGAGUAUGAGAUCUAACGGACUUUUGUUAUUUUGUAAAAUAUGUAUCACCAUACGUCGUGAACGAAUACUUACACUAAAUUAGUGCCAUUACUUAAGUUGUAUAAUUUUAGCCGCUAAGUUGUGAUAUAGUAUUUUGUAGUUAUUUAUUUUUAAGUUUCUCGCGAGUCUUUGCUUCUGAAGGCUUAGGAAUUUUGUCUUGUGAAACUACUGAAGGCUUAAGAAUUUUGUCUUGUGAAACUAAAGGAACUGAUAAUAAUGUGCCAAAUCUAUUUUUACUCGGGUAAUAUGUUCAUGCCAUAAAGAAUUAUGAUGAUUUAUGUCUCGUUCCAAAAUAUGCAACGUCUUUCAGAAAUAACGUACACCCUGAAAGUAGGUAGUUUGUUACAAAAAUAUACAAAUUGAUUCAGUUCUAGUAAUUUCCAUUUAUUUCAAUGUUAGUCAAAUUGUUUCUUGUAACGUUGCGUUAAAAAUAGUGCUUAUCGCCUUGCAUUAUGUAUCAUAUUCUUUUGUUUAUUAAUAAUUAAUGGUAUUUUUUCUCAAUUCUUUUUAGAUAUUUUUUUAUCGUAAUCUAUUCAGAAGCCAAUUCCAACCAAACUACUUUCAAGGAUUGCGUUAUUUCUUUUACACGUUGUUUAUGAAAUACACUGUAUGUUACAUAUAUCUUAGUAAAUUAUGAAUAACAUAUUGUUCAACCUUCUUGUUGUAAGGUUUAUGUGCUUUCGACAUUCUUCUAUAGUAUUGUGUCUGAACUCGACUGAUCUUUACAAAAUGUAAAACCGCCUUACUUCUAGUCUUCAUAAUGAUUCUGCCAGAUUCCAUUUUGACAUUAUAGUUAGGAGAAAAGUGCACUUGAUUUUUUCUUUCGAUGACUUUUCUGACUCUUCGUUGUGUUUUUGCUUUUCUCUCAUUUAAAAUUGAUCAAAAUUCAAGUGUAAAUUUUAAUUUGAUUAUUAUUAAUGGAAUAAUAUUUUUGUUUCAAGUGGCAAUGUUAUUACUACUUACAUUCAAAUUUAACCGUAUCAUCAUUUUUGUGAAUUUUUAAUCGGUUUAUUAUUUGAAUUGGAAUGUUAAGCUCUUGUUUAACUAAAUAGAAGACAAAUAGAGGUUUAAUGGAAUGGUAUGACUAAUAUUUAAAUUGCUUUAGUCUGACGUUGCAUUGAACUUUGAUGAAAAAUAAAUUUAUUAAAUGUAUCAUUUUAUUAAAGAAAAUGUGUCGCUUAUUCUUAAAUGUAUUUUGAUUGCAUAAUAAUGUUUAAACAUCAUUCUAUCUCUACUGCCUUCAAACAGCUGACAAAGAGUGAUGUCUUAAGCUUAAAUUUGAUUUAAGAAUGUUGGUGCAAAUGACCCUUAAAACUACUUAACUUUGCUAAGAAUGUUGGUGCAAAUGGCCCUUAGAACUACUUAACUUUGCAUUAAAGAUCGAUUAAUCCAUAAACAUAUAAUGCAUAGUAAACAGUGUAUUACGAAUAUUGGCCUCAGUUUUGAUGUUUAAAAAAUAUAUACUAUCUCUUUCAUUCUUCAGAAGAGAGAGAACGUAUCAGUUCUUUUUGAGUGGACGUGUUUUUUCAUCUCAAUCUCAAUGCGACUUUAGACCUAAUGUAGAGACUAUAAGUAGAUAAACUAUUUAAUGUGAUAAAAAUAAAUAUCUUCCUUUGAUUUGCGCAGUUCUAAUGCGCAUCUUUACUGUAGACCGUUUGUAGAUGAUUUUGAAAUCUAUUGACAUUUUGUGAAUAUAAUAUAUUGAUAGUGAAAAUUUAUAAAUGGUUAGCUUUUUGUGGGCAUAUUGCAUAUUAAAAGAAGCGUUUGCACUUGUUGAUUUAGUUUUAUUUAUAAAAAGUAACCUUUUGGAAUUGUAUUAUAAAAUCAUUAUAUAAAAAUAUAAAUUAAUAAUUAUUUAAAAUAUAUCCUUAUUGCUAUAAUAAACUUAUGAGAUAAUAA